AGCCCUGGGGGUACCGCCGGGAUCGGCCACCUUAGAGGUGAACGAUGCUCAGGCUUCGCCCCAAAGCCUGGCAGGGGACACAGGACGGGGGGGGAGGCAUGUGCUUCCCUCUGUCCGAACCUGCCUCGGGAGGCUGAGUGCACCAGAUGUCUCGGAUGCUCUUCCAAAGCGUCACUGUUACUUUGCUUUGGAUGGAGACCAAACCCUCACUAACAGCAAUAACAAAAAAAAAAAGCAAAUUUGGAUAGAGGCAGGAAGGGAUCUCCCUAAUGACAUGCUCACUCUCUGGCGCAUCUCUUCCCGGCGCUCCAUCUGCGACUAAAGCUCUCCAGCCCCGCGUGGAAGGACAGUCCGACGUGGGCUCUCUCAUGCCUUGUCUCGCUCUUCUUCCCUCCUAAAACCUCCUUCUGAAGGAUGGCAGCUGCCUCUUUCCGCUAUGGCCUGACCAUCACUGGAGCUGUGCUGCUGGUGACGGGAACGCUGUGCUUUGCCUGGUGGAGUGAUGGGGAGGUCGGCUCAUCGACUGGCAGCGGGACUCGCCUCCUGCCUCCCCGGGAAGCCGAGGCAGUUCCCAGCUCCUCCUCCUCCAGCGCCCUGCUCCGCUCUGUCAGCUUCUUCUGCUGUGGUAUCGGUGGCAUCCUCCUCCUCUUCGGCCUCCUCUGGUCCGUGAAAGCCAACACCAGGGUGGUCUCCCGCCGCUACCAGUACCAUUUCCCCAGGGACCUGCAGUACUUCACCGCGGAGCCCCCGGAGAAGUGGAACUGCAGCAACUGGGAUGCCAGUGCCAUCCCCACCUACGAAGAAGCCCUGACCUGCAGACCUGCCCAUGGUGCCCUGGCCUAUGUCCAGCCCCCGAGGAGGAAGGAGGAUCUCACGCCACCCCUGUACCACUACCUGGAGGAGGAUGAGAGCUGGCAGGGUGGCCGCCGGCGCAGCUCCUCCGACAGCGCCUUGUUCCGCCCCAGCCCAUCCUGGCUGGAGACCCUGCACCCUGAGGAGCCGCAGGCAACGCCUCCCCCCAGCUAUGAAAACAUCAAUGUCCGAGGGGUCUGAGCUGGGGGCAGCAAGGGCCAUGACUCUGUGGGUGGCUGCCCAGUCCCUCAGCUUUAAACCGAGCCCCUUCCUUUGCGGGGAGGAGAGGAGGGUGGGUGAGGAGGGGAAAGGGUCAGCCGGGCUUUCUGAGCUAUCAGUCCAGGGCUGUUGGGAUUGCGGGUCCUGUGGGUGAUGCAUUCAAAGCGUUGGGGGUAACUGGCAUGUUUGAAAGCCUUCAUAUUUUUAAUAAAACCGCUGUUGGUUGCA